AUGGUGCUUAAUAAGGCCUUGGGGAGAACACUGCCAGGACCUGAUUUAUUCAAUGUUUUACAUUCUCUGUUUUCAUGGACUAACUUGCAUCUUAAUGUUUAUUUGAGUAGAUGGCAGUGCUUAAAAUGUGGUUGCAGCUCCACAACAGAAGAUUUAGAUUGGAGAUAUAGAUUGUCAUUAAUGGUAACUGAUGGUCAUACACUGGCUAAUAUUUGUUUGUUUGGUAGUGUGUUGCAGCCUUAUUUUGGGAUGUCAACUAAUCAGUUUGUGAGGUUUCUAAGAAAGAUAGAAAGUAUGUAUGGUAACUCAGAAGAUAUUCUACUACUAGGACUAAAACACUGUUUUAUUGGACAGCAUUAUUACUUUGGUGUGAAAGCUUCGACUGCAGUUGGUGGGAAGGAAAGAAUAUCCCUAGAUGAUUUGAUAAUGCAAAAACGUACUGCAUGUCAGAAUGCCAUGUUUUCCCAGGAAGAUAGCUCAAAUAUGGUGGCAUUCCAAAUGAUUUCUGCAAUCAACAGAGAAACAAAGACAGUUUAUGAGAUUAUUAGAAAUUUCUUUAAAGAUGGCAGUGAGGAUACAGUAAACAAAGAACAUGUAUCAGAUAAAUCUAUAUCUGGUACAUCUUUAAUGCAAUAUUCCAAUAUGGGAACAUAUUCCUCACAACAAUCAAGGUCAAGCGAGCAAAGUUCUAUAACUCUAGGUCAGACAACUGCUUUGUUGAGUUGUGAAAUGUCUGAUAUAGAGAAGUCUUCUUUUCAAUCAGAAUCUAAGAAUAGAAAUGGUAAAAGCUGUAGAAGGUCUCAAACUAGUUGUAAUUCCUCAAAAAAAUUACAGGUUUCUAAAUCAGAAGGCACUGAAAGAAGUUCAUCUAAAAAAGCUUUAACUAAAAAUGUUUUUACUGUUGAAAAUUUUUCUGAUGAAGUUUGUCUAUUUAAGAGAGAUAAUAAGCAAAAAUUUUUGAAUUUUUCUGACAAAGAAUUGAAAGUAAGUAGAAUCAUAAACAAGGAAUUGGAAACAGAUUCUGAACCAUUGUUCUCACAAGAUGAUGGAAAUUCUGAUUUAAGAUUACAUGAAGAUUACCCAUUAAAAAUUAGACAACAUUGCAAGGAUAAUGACAUGAUAAAAACAAAUCUAAAGAAAGAUGAAGUUGAAGACCAAAAAGUUAACUGUCCAAAAACUCAGGAUAUGAUAGAAGAGGAAAUUCUAUGUACAAAUUCAGAACCGCUUUUCACACAAGAUGAAAGCUCUUCCUACCAGAGUCCUGUUAGCAUAGACUUCAGAAACAAAAGGUGUAAAAUCAAAAAUAAUCUUGAGACAGUCAAUUUGAGUUCAGAAAUGGAUGAAAUACUUUGUACAAACUCAGAACCACUUUUCUCACAAGAUGAUAAUUCUAUCAGUCAUAUUUCACGUAAAGGACACUCUAAUUUGAAAGUCUGUAAUGAUACAGAAUAUACUGCAUCUACAAACCUUAUUUUGGGAAGUAAGCAGAAUCAAAAUUUAAAAUCUCCCAGUACAAACAUGUAUGGAAGCCUAGAAGGAUCAAUGGUACUGCAGAAUCUAAAAGUACCAGAUUUGCCAGAAGAUGUGCCAGAUUCCGAAGAAUUAGAGCUGUAUUUAUUUGAUGAUUCAAGUUUUGAGUCUGAAAACCAAAACGAUGUUGGUUCUACACAAGUGGCAAAUGAAGCUUUCAAACACUCUGUUCAUCUUACAAAAGGAAAACCCAUGGCCAUUUAUGAUGUACCAGUUCAGGAAUCUAAAACAGAACUUAACUUACAAGCUGAAGCAAAUUCAAAUUUAUACUUGGAUAAUUCGAAUCGUAUGAUAAAAAAGGAAACCCUUAACACUAAUCAAGAAACAAAGUCAAGAGCAUUUAAACUCGAAACAGAGGAAGAAAUAUUUGACGACAUGUUUGAAGAUUCAUUUGAUCAGCUCAUUUACAAGCCUUGUGAAAGUAAAACCAAAAAGAAACAACCCUCAGUCAGUGGAAGCAGUGAAGUUAAUAGAAAUGAUAUGGUUCUUCAAACAUUGGUUUUAGAACAUACUAGUAAUAGAUCUAGAACUGACAGGCAGAUUUCCAUUCAAGUCCAUAAACACCAUAAUCAAGGGAAGGAUCAAAAUGAUUUCGAAAGGUCUUUUGAAGACGAAGAUGUAAUUUCUUGUGCUCCAGAAUUGAAGGAUAUUGAUAUUGAAGAUCUUAGUCAUGAAUUUGACAAAAAUCUGCAGGCAAACGUAAAACCCAACAUAUCUAUGUAUAAUUGGAAACAAAUAAAUAAAAUUCCUGCAAAAUCAGUUGAAAUUACUCAUAAUGAUAAAGAAUUCAGAGAAAAUUUGGAUCAUUCAGGAACUAAAAAUAAAUGUUUACAUGAAGAUGAGGCAAACACUUUGGAAUUCAUUUGUGAAAGCCAGCACAUUCUAGAUCAGCAACAAGUUAAUUAUGAUAGUAUGAAUAAUCAUUGUCAGAGUGGACACAGUCUUGUUUCAGAAUCACUUUACUUAAAUGCAUCUGAAGAUUUGUUCGGGGAAACAUCUGCUGUUUCUAAGAGUUUGAUAGGGUAUCUUGUUGAAAAUAUAAAUCAGGACAAUAAAUUUGAAAAACAGGAAAAUAGAAGACCUGAAAGACAAGACUCUUCAAAGAAAUCUGUUAAAUUUUCACGACGGCUGAGCUAUCAAACUUCUGUUCAGUUGAUUGACCUCCAAAUGAAAAUAAAUUCUAAUCCUGCUGUGUAUAACGGGGAAUCAAGAAAAUCAUGUUUAAAAACAGGGUUGGAAAACAUUCCAGAAAAGGAGAUAUCAGCAAACCAAACCAUAAAUUCUAAUAUCAUUACUGCAGCAGAAAAUUCACCGAUUGUAAAUUACUCAAAUAGUCAUGUUGACUUAUCGCAAGAUUUAUUUUCACCAAGUCCAGAUAUAUGUUUCAAAAGACCUAAGCCUCUUCAGUUAAACAAUAGAAUUCCAACUGUCUGUAAUCAGCUAGAAAAGCAAAAGAAUAUAGUGAAAUCAAACUGCCAUUCCUCUACACCUAUUGAAUCAGAAAUAGAUGAAGCUGAAAGCAAAGUUUAUAACAAUAAAUCUUUAAUUUCGAUUUUCUCUGAAACUUUUGAGGAUGACCUUGAUAGAUUUAAAGAAAACAUAUCUCAUUCAGAAAAGAUUGAAAAUUUUGCAAAAAAUGACAAUUGUGUAAGUUCACCAGCAUUAUUUUCUCAGAGUUAUUCUUUGUUUUCAUUUUCAAGUUCUAAACUAUCUGAAAGGGGAGACAACAGUUAUAAAUCAAGUUUUAUAAAGGGGAAUAACUCUACUAAUAAACAUUCUGUUAACUACUCAUGUGACCUGUUUAGUCCAUCCAUAUAUGAUAGUACACAUUCACCUUGCGGACAUUUACCAGUUAAAAAACUGUUCCUUGAUAAGAUGUGA